AAGUCUAGGAAGGCCGCUCUCAUGCUUCUCUAUUCUGUGUCUCAAUCGUGUGUGCUAAUUCUUUAACCUUAAAUUUUUAGUAUGUUUUAAUUUUAUAUCUUUCACGUAGCGUUAUGUUGUAAUUUAUACGUUAAAUAUUUUGUUUGAAACAUGAGUAAAAAUCAUAAGCGUUCAAAACGCCUAAAAUCGGAAAAGGCAAAAGUGAAAUUAAAAGCUAAAGUAUCUGUCAGUCAAUUGCCGAAAGGUUUGAACGUUACAAAUACGUCGUUUAAAGUGAAAAAAAUAUUGAUACGUGAACAAUUAAAGCAUCGAGAUGAAACACAAGUUCUCAGCUCUCGUAAAUUAAGUAUUGAUGAUUUAUUAAUGCGCUUUCGGCAUCACAAUUCGACUGUAAGAGAAGAUGCUUUGAGACAAUUGAAGGAUAUCUUGUUGCGAAAUCCUCCAAAGUCUUUACAUUCACGAAUAAAUUCUUUGUUACAUAGUAUUGCAGCUUUAUCUCUCGAUAAAGAGAAGGACAUACGAACAAGUUGCUUUCAUACAUUAAAUUUUAUUCUUGGCCUGAUUUCGAAAGAACAGUUGACACCCUUGUGUGAAAUUCUGAUAUCUUACUUAAGCUGUGCGAUGACGCACAUUGAUCCACGUGUGAAGGAAGAUUCUUUACUUUUCCUAGAUGUGCUUGUACAAAAUUGCAGUAGCGCCUUGGCGAAGGAUUGCCAAAAGAUAUUGCCCAAUUUUUUGGGUAUGAUAUGCAAUCUACGCAAUGAAAUUAGGCCUGGAGCACGAUUAACGACGUCGCUAAAUUCCAAAAGCACUGAUGUAAAAUGGAGAAUUAAAGUUCUGAAACGUUUAGCUAAUAUGUUUGUCUCUAUUUUAAACUAUAGAAAGCUUUGUAGGGAUGCGCAAUCAAAUGUGCCUUUGAUCGUGAGAACGAAAAGAUAUACCAGAUAUAUUCCCAUUUAUAGCGAUGAUGUACCUCGAUUUUGCCAAGUUAAUCUUGACGAAGAUGUGAGUUUGAUGUGUAAUCGCACGAAAGAAAUCUUACCUAUAGAAGAAUUUGUUGAAUAUGUAGGUUUGUUGAUGCCACUGAUGUCUGAUAUUUGGCUCGAAGUAUGUCCAGAUGAGAAAGUUGAGAAUUACACAGAGAUUACAAUUUCGAGCGAAGCGGCCGCAUUAUUGAAAAGUAUUGUCAUAAUUAUACAAUCGAUUAUGGAAUAUAUUGAUACGUUGGAUCGUGACGAUCGUAGUGUCAGACUUGUGAAAAAUAGGUUUAAAGAUACGUUUCAUAAUGCAUACAUGAAAAAUUUUCUCUCAAGAUUCCCCUAUGGUAAAGUAAAGGCGCUUAUUAGUGAAACGUCAGAAAGGUUAAUAAGGAAACGUCAGAAAGAUUUUUCGCAAAUGGAACUUGCGGAAGAGUGUUUGGAACAGAAUUUGGGACUUUGUCAAAUUCAUGUAUGGUUUACAUCUCUGUUUAGGUUCAACGAACAAUUUCCUAAAUCUGUUGAGACCUAUUGUGUAUCGAUUGUGAAAUAUUUAAAUGAUAAUAUCAAAAAUUUGUGUGACUCGUCCGCUUUACCGCAAUUAACUAAACUUGUAAGAACAUUAUUCUUGAAAGCCAGUCCAGUUUGGUAUACCAACUGUAUUAGUUUAAGUCAUACUUUAACACUGAUUAUUGAAAUGUCUUCUCGUUUACCUAAGAAAGAAUUGCAGUCACAUUUGUAUCUGAUUAUCGGUGACAUUAUGUUGGAAAGUGAUUUAAAUGAGUUACACAGAGAGAAGGUGUUUGAAAGCUUUGUUAAGAACUUACCGAGUUUACUUUUGAGACCAAGCAUAGAUGACGUCAUAAUUCGCAUGAUCGGUCAAAUAGUUUUGCGUUUCAAGGAAUGGAUCUGGGAAGAAUUGGUGAAUAAACACAAAUUUAUUAUAGAAAAUGCUAAGAAGAUCGAUAUUGUAGGUUCACAUGAUGACAAACAAUCGAGACUCAUGAUCUGUAACCUAUUUUACUUAGUAGAUUCACAUAUUUACUAUUGAAUAAAUUAAUAGCUUGUACCAGCGAUCGGUUUUUCUAUAUUAAGUGAGUAUCUUAAUAAAUUUUCAUUUACAUAUACGGAAUAGCGUGUAUACAUAUUAUAUUACAUGUUUUUAAUACUUGUGUGUAUCAAGAUAUAUUCAUGUAUUUAUGUUUCCUACGUACAUCUAUGAUAUUUAGCCAUUCUGUGUGCGUGUGCGCGCGUGCGCUCGUGCGUGCGUGCGUGCGUGUGUGUCGCGUGAGUGCGAUUUCUCAGGGAUAGAGAUAUAAAAGUGCUUGGUUAAAAUUUUCUUUUUUCCGAAAAUUAGACAUCUCUGACACGCCACGCAUUGCCAUAGCAUAUUGUGAACUGAAACUACUGAAAGUUCUAUAUAAUACACGAUUCUUAAUUUAUA